AUGCCGCUCGUCUCCAACUUCGCCAAACGCGCCGGUGUCCUCGCCGACGCCAUAGUCGCACUCGCCCGCGCCUCUUCGACCGACGUGGACGAGCGCACCGUGAGCGAGACGCUCGAAAACUCAAAGUGUUUAGACGCGCCUCUGGAUUCCGACGAACCCGUGAGCGCGUCCGAUUGCGCGCGCGUCGAGCAUGCGCACCACGUCGCGGUGACGACGAUCGUGCGAGACGCUCGGAAACUCGGGACGAGCGUCACGCGAUGCGGGAUCGAGGACGCUGUGGAGAGAGAGGCGAAGAGCGGGGAAUUGCGCGCGACCGGGACGCGCGCUUCGGAGUCGCUCCGCGCGUUGGAACACGCGUUGCGAUGCGGGGAGUUGUUGGGAGGUAAUGCGUACAGUUGUGUGUUCACGACGAUUGAAAUUACGUUGGACGCGUGCGCGUUGGACGAAGCCGCGGACGUCGUGGCGUGGAUGGAGACAAAUAGGGAGCGCUUGCACGAACCCGAGGCGUGGCGGAAAGGCAAACUUCCGACGUUACGAACGCUCAUCGCGUUGAUUAAGCGGUGCGGGGGAAGGAGCGCGCGAGAGUCGAGAUUGAAAGGGCGGGCGUUGGGGUUACAAACAUGGAUGAUGGGGGUGAGCGAUCGAUCGGGGUUGAAUUUACAAGGCGCGAGCAACCCGAAUGUGACGCCUAUUUUUGAGCAGGAUGAGUGGGUGCGAGAGGACGCUGAGAACGACGACGAGACGAUGGAUGUCGACGGUGAGUACGAGAAGGGAGAGAUCGAUAUGUCCACGUUCGGCGCCGACGGGGCGUUUCACAAGACGUUCUGGUCGUUGCAGACAUAUUAUCAGAAUCCGACGCAGGCGAUGUGCAGGGACGGCGCGUGGAACACAUAUCACGCCAUCCUAAGAGAGAUCAUGGACAAGUUUGAGGAGCAUCCGCUCACAGAGACGGCGAAGACGUUGUUGGACUUUCACGAAAACCCAGAGCUUCGCGAUCUGAUCGGUCACCGAUUUCUCACGGCGCGCCGGUUACUCCCGAUGCAACUGCGCGACUACAGCUUUCGUCGGCAGAUUUUGAUCCAAACCGCCUUCUUCCUUGAGGCGAUGACGACGGAGAAGUUCAAGGAACACGUCGUCGAUGAGGAAGUCAUCGAGGCGCGAGAGCGCGUGAUGGAAAUCCUCAAGCGAACGGGACCCGACGCGCAGCUCGCGGCCUCGUUCAUCGAGGACGUACUCGAAGACGAGGCGGGUUGGCGCAAGUGGCGCGACGAUGGAUGUCCGAACUUCGUUCGCGAACCGAUCGAUUUUGAAAAAGAGCCGAUGCCAGACAACUGGGACAUUAAGUACUCGAUGUGGCCGCCGGAUCAGUUUCCCGAACCCGAUCCGAGAUACAAGGAGGACUUCGGUGACGAAGCGCUCAACCGGCUGUGGAACAUCGACGACGAUGACGUUAAGAACGCGCGUUCCGAAUUCCUUGUGGCCGAAUCGAUCGAAGAUUUUUUCCGUCCCUGUCUAGAGGAGAUGGAUCCCGAGGCACAGGUAGAGGAACAGUACAGGAGAGUGAACGACGAGGUGUUCCGCUGGCGAGCGAUGCGCAUGCUUGCGAGGAGUCACUUGCAUUUGUUCCCCAAAAUAGCUGCAGAGGGUUUGGAGAGCGUCGUGCCAGAAAUAUUGGGCGUGCCCGACCCUCGACCACGGAAGGAAACGGACGAGGCAAAGGAGACCACGCCCACGAAGGAGGGAGAAGAAAAUUUUCUCACAUCGCACGUCGAGGCGUUGGAUGGCGAACUCGAGCCCAUCGAGGGGGACGAGGAAGACGUCAAGCUGACGGAAAAGGAGGACGUCAUGGACGUCGGUGAGGACACAUUGAAAAUAGAAGUGAACUCAGAGGUGAAAACGGAGAUGAAGACAGAGGUGAAGACAGAGGUCAAGACAGAAGAGAAAAAAGAGGAGCCCACCAACAGUGAAUCGCCGGCGAAGGUGAGAACGCCAGAACGAUCGCCCGGUACGGACUCAAAGACGCCAAAGGAAUCGUUGCCCGAGAAGAGACCAUCCCCAGAUGCCGGUGGACGAGGACGCGGUGGCCCAGGUGGACGCGGAGGACGCGGUGGACGCAGCGGACGCGGUCGGGGAAGAGAUCAAGGACAUAGCACUCGGCAACCUGUUAGAGCUGUGAGACCGCCGCCGCGACAGUCGGAGCCACAACCUCCGCCGCCGCGACGUGAGCUGUCUCGAGAGCCGCAGCGCCCGCCACCACAGCGAGGACCGCCGCCAUCGCGCGGAAGAGAUCAACACAGAGAGCCCCCCGGAAGAUACACGCCGCCUAAUCGUCCACAGGGGCAGCGGUGGGAACGCGGCGGGCGGGAUCAGCAGUCCGGCGAGCCUCGGCGGGAUCCUCCGCCGCCUCGGCACCAAGGAACGAACCUCGGUAAACGCACGCGAGAGGACAACAGCGGUGGACAAGGCGGCGGACCGCGGGCGCGUGGUAACCAAAAUCAGAGAUACAACAGAGGGUACACUAGAACUAGGCGUUAG